AUGAAGGCCGCUCAAAGCCAAAGCGACAGUUCCUUUCCAAGGAUCGUGACAAACCAUGUCAUGAACACCCCUACCCCUCAUAACGAGCUCCUCAUCCGAGUUCACGCUGCCGGAAUCACCAGAGACGAAAAUCUCUGGCCGGAGUUAUAUGCCUGUCCAUCUCAAAUCGCCGGACACGACAUCUCGGGUAUGAUCUCGACUACCGGCCCUCGAUAA